AUGCUCGGGUCUAUUGUGCUGCCAUUACAGUCGAUUUCGCUGGACUCGAGUUUGGCCCAAGCAUCAACGUCUGCCUGCUCGUCUUCAUUCUCUUCGCAUUGGCCGCAUUACAAAUUGGUCUGCAAUGGCGGCUGCAAGACCGAUGACGCUGGAACGACUAUUCGGCGUGACGCAGCUGUAGCAGACGGACCAAAGGCGACAGUGACUGGUGGACAGCUGAUGUGGGCAAAGUGGACACGACCGGGUACUGCGGCCAACUGGACUGGAGCGUCUGCUCUUCCCUUCGUACGGCCGCAGUUCCGUCCAGUGGAAGAGGGCCCGGGCGGACGAGGCAAGCCAGUCUGGAGGCAGCAGGAGGAGGAAGAGAAGGAAGAGGAUGAUGAUGAUGAUGAUGAUGAUGAUGAGGAUGAGGAGGAGGAGGAGGAGGAGGCUGAGAAGGAGUAG